GCGUGCAAAAGAUGGACUUUUUGGUGGACGUCCAGCCAUCGGCCAUGCUGCACGCGCAGUACGGCAGCGGCACCGAGCCGUUGCGGCACAGGCACCCGACCCAGGUAAAGCUUCCAUUUCAAACGGACACGGCCGGCCGGACAGCAAGCUGGAGCUGGCAUUCAAGCACAAAUCCCCAGCGCUCCCAAUAUCUUUCUGCAAUUCUACUACCAAAUCCACAAGAUCUAUCGUGCUCUACUUCUAGUCUCGCCAGAAACAUGGAAGGAGACGACAUUUUGGCGACCAUGGAUUCCCUGUGGUUCUACUCCAGCGUCCUCCUCCAACCACCAUCCAAGCACAAGCAGAGCGACUGUGCCGAAGAGCUGCAGCCCAGACAGCAGCAAGCAGAUACCCACCACAAGACGACCAGCAGUUCCUCUGAUGGUCAGGCUCCCAAAAGCGUCGAGGAGGCAGCGGUGGCAACGGAGCGAAGAGCGGCGGCGGCGACGGAGCGCAGAGCGGCGGCGAGGAGCUUCUGCAGGGACAGGGAGUGGGACGAGCGCAUGGUUGCUUGGCAGAAGGAGCAGAGGCGACGGACGCGAGUUGCUGCGGCGGCCCGGUGCUCGCAGGCGCGGAUGCCACCGCCCGGAGAAGGCGUGGCCAUGAAGGCGCAUCUCAGGUCCUGGGCUCACGCUGUCGCUUGCUCCGUCAGAUAAGGACUCGAGAUUCAGACUCUUGCAGUGUUGUACUUGUAUGUCGAAUGCCAUACCCAUUCUUUGCUACAUCUCUGAAUAAAUGCAUCUCUCUCUUCA